CUAAAUAUUAUUUGAGAGAUACUGAACAGUGAAAUUACUAUUCAAACGUGAGUUUUGAUCCUGUAUCGCCUUUCUUUCUCCAUCUCCCUCCCACACUCGCCUGAUCCCUAAUCCUCCCGCGGCAGCAGCUUACCGGCGCCACUCUUCUCCGGCAAGUACAUACUUCCCUUUUCGAACAAAAUCCUAGGACGGCGAUAGACCCACCGGGAAGGCGGUCGACGCCCACGAACAUUCCUCAGCAACCCUCUCGCUCCCGGCGCGACAUACCAGCGAAAUCAUUACAAUUUCAUUGUGGAUCGUCGUGUCUGCAGUCUCGCAGGCUUGAAGUUGCAGUAGUAAGCGAAAUGAGCAGCAAAAUGAAGAGGCCGCAGAAAUCUAGACCUCCCGAAAUUAUUAAGCUGAAUGAUGCAGCGAAGUUGGCAGCGCAGUUGAUGAGCAAGAUGACUAAUUCUGAGUGGAAAGAAAGUACAGUUGAUAAUGAAUCAACUGCGAUUGAACCCGAGAUUCGACCUCCUAGACUUGGACUUGGGGCCAAAGUAACACGCCAUUUCAGAAAUGGACCAUCUAAUGAUCCACUUGAUAGAAAACUACAUGCCAAAUUAGGUGCUGGGAAAAAACAAGCUUCUACAAAAAUGUCGGAGGAUACUCCUGUACUUAACAAUAAAGAUGAUGAUGGCGACGACGAAGAAGAAGAAGAAGAGAGUAGAACCGCCAUGUUCAAUAAGAAGCGAGCAGCAAAGCCGAUAACGAUGUCUCCUUUGCAGGGGAAGAAAAAGCGAAGGUAGAAAAAUGGUGAAAAUCUUAUUAGAGUCUGAAACCGAAGGGUAUUUAAUUAGUUCAUAAGGAAGUACCAAAUUAUAUCUGGAAGGGAUGAUAUAUCAUCAAUAUUUUUGUAAAAUACAAACUUGAAAUUUUUGUUGACGUUGACAAUUCCUAGUUAUAGAGGUCGUGUUUUUUUAAUAUCAAAUUAUGAUGUUACAACUUGCAAGUUUAUAAAAUAGUUAUCCUACAAUCUUGGUUUAAAAGGUA